GAGAGUGUAACACUGCUGUUUCCAAAGAAAUUCUACGAUGCUGUCAAACUGCUAAAAUAGCAAGUUGUUAUCCUAAAUUCGAACUUCUUGCUUGUAUUUUAUUUUGAUACUUUUAAUGUCAAUGGAAACUGUAGCACACAGUUCAGUCCAUCUAUGCCAUACCUAUUAUAGCAAUUAAAUAAAUUGUAAAUUGUAGUUAAGUGUUGCUAGUGGGUUUAAUGCUUGCUAAAGUAUGCUAGCUAGUUGGCUAAAGAAUAGCUAGCCAGUUUUGGCAGUGUGUUAGUGGAGAAGUUGUCCGGUAUCUCGGUACGUUAUAGUAACGUGUACAAAUAUUGUUCAUAUCAUAUUUUAAUGCGAGAAAACAGAGCAACGGAAACGAUCGAUUUCGAAAUCAACGUUGGUCGGUUAUAAAGGUCCCAUUUACGAGCUCACUAACUAUUAAUUUAGAUCAGCUACUCCCAGGUGAUAUCUUUUUUUACAUAGUAGAUUUACAUAGUUGAGCACUUGUCUGUUGGACCAGACAAUUGUUGAAAAGGGAUAAACAUGGGCCUAGGGACUAGACUUUGGUGUCACGUGGAAAACUUUUGCAAGUAUAUGCCUAUCGUCUUAAACACGGUGCUUGUCUUCUCCAUCACUGCGGAAGUGAGUUACCUUGUCAUUGUGGAAGCCCCACUUGAAGCUGACCAAAAGAAAACAGAAUGGUCAACGAUAUGGAAGGCGAUGCAUCUUUUUGCUCAGUAUUUCAUGCUUGGCAACAUAACCUGGAACGCGUGGUUGUUUGUGAACACGAACCCAAGCAUUCGUGGAGUAUUCUUUGGUGAAGAGGCCAUGGGGCAAGGCUGGAGGUACUGCUAUGCCUGUGAAACACACACACCUCCACGAUGUUCACAUUGCUUUGACUGCAAUGUCUGUGUGCUCCGUCGUGACCAUCACUGUGUGUUUUUCGGCCAGUGUGUGGGCUUCCAGAACUUUCGGUUCUUCUUCUGCUGCCUGCUCUUCAUGUGGGCUGGCCUGCUGUAUGCUGUGGUGAUGAACGCAGAGGUUUUUAUCGUCAUCCUGAAGGAGGGAGUCACCCUUCACAGCAUCAUGCUCCUCAUGGUGCCUUGGAUCAUGCUGGUCUCGGGUCAGGUAACAGCACAGGCCUUUGCAUUCGCCUUCAUCGCUGACACCUGUGUGGUGGGCUUCCUGCUGGUGGCGGGCUUCCUCUUCUUCCAUGUCGCGUUAAUGCUGAGGGGCCAGACCACACGCGAAUGGCACUCCAGUCGCCGACCCUACAGCCUCGGGACCGUGCACAACAUCAGGGAGUGCCUGGGUACCCGGUGGUACCUGUGCUGGCUCUGCCCACUCAUCUCUUCUCCACCUCCUGGAGAUGGCAUUCAUUUCCUGGUCACCGGGUCAUUAGAACCAGUGAGGCCAUGAUGGGUGAAGUGGUUACUCAUGACCGGUGGAAACGGAAGUACUGUUGUAAACUGAUGAGUCCUGCUGAGGAGAUUUUUUUUUUACCACUAUCUGUAUAAUCAACACAAAAGAAUAUGUUCGAGGGAUGUGUACAAUUCUGUACACUCAUAUUCAAGAUAUUAUUUGCCAAAUCUGCCUCUGUUUUUUGGAAGGGAAAUGUGCAAUUCUGUUUGUCUUAAAUGAUUUUUAUGUACAAUUCUAACAAGGUGCCAUUAUAUGACAAAUGCACUGUGGUUUUAAAAUGUAUUUGGGUCUAUGGGGGAAGGAUCAUUCUUGUUUUGUGACUUAUUUUGUAUCUAAAUUAUCAGGGCAGGGCUCUGUAAGCAUGUUAACUGCUUUCUGUUUGUUUACAUUAUUUCAUGGAGUGAUUUGGGCACGUUUUAUUUAAUUGUUUCUCUCUUCCUAGCCAUUGAGAAUGUGCAUGAAUGGGUUUUAUAUUUGAAUGUGAUUUUGAAUGUAUAGUCACAAAUAAACAGAAGUCAUUAUGGA